UUUUUUACGCUAGUUUUUAGUUUUCUAGUAAAAUAAUAUUUUUGAUUAGGUUUUUAAAAUAAUAUCAAAAAUUCUCCGUCACUUGUGAAUAAAAUUCUAGUUAAAAAAAAAAAAAAUGAUUUCGAAGUGAAUCAAUAUAUUAUUAUAUAAAUAUAUAAGCAGAUUGAAUUGUAUAUUAUUAUAUAUAUGGUAAAGAGGCACUCGUGCUUUUAUAUGUAUUAUCUAUCUGUCGGGAUAUUUACAUCCAAGGGUUCUAAGUAUUACUGGAUUAGCCUCACGACCCCUGUGGCUUUUUGAUUACAUUUUGCUCGAGUGCACCUAGUGCAUCUGGCUCCCCCCUCCUUGUUUCUCUCUUUUUUUUACCAUAAAGAACAUAUAUAUAUAUAUAUAGAUUCACAGUAUCAAUUACAUUGUUGUUAUUAGGUAGCAAAAAGAUCUGGCCGCAGAUAAAAGAGCAAAACACAAAAGGACAGGUAGUCCCUUGCUUUCACUUGCGAUAAUCAUCAAAAGCAACUAUGCGACUAAUUCAGAUUCAUUUAUUGUCGAAACCGGGCAUCAAUAGUGCGGAUAAAAUAUAUAUUAUAAAUUUAGCUACCCUGCCCGUUAGAGUUUCAGUUCAUUUUCAAAAUGAGCGAACAACGCAUCACACAAAAAACGAGUGACUUUAGUAUUGAACGAAUAUUAUCGACAAAUAUUUCAUUUAAUCGAAAAAAUGAUUUUCAAUUAAGAAAUAAAAUUGAAAAAGAGGAAAAAUCAAAAGAAGAAGAAGAAGAAGAAGAAGAAGACGAGGAGUUUAAAAAAUCCGAAAGACUACAAUCCGGAAGUAUAUCUAACGAUGAAGAAAAAAAUCAACGAUUUGGUUUAGAAAAAGAACUUCCAUGGCUACAUUGCACAAGAUAUAGUCCUCCAAAAUUGCCAAGACGACAAACCACUAAACAGAGAAAACGAAGACUUGGUUCACAACCUCGGAUUCCAUUUACAAAAAUUCAAAUUCAAAUAUUGGAGGAAAAAUAUAAAAUUAAUGCCUAUCUUUCAAGAAGAGACGUCAUACAACUUGGUGGAAUUUUAAAUCUACCGCAAAAUCGAGUAAAAAUCUGGUUUCAAAAUCGUCGCGCAAGAGAAAGAAAAGAAACUCAAUCUAACAAUAUUAGUGUCAUAUAAAAAAGAAAAUUUUUUUUUUAAUUCGACAGAAUCUACUGUAAAAAAUAUUGUAUUUAUUUUACUUUAUUUAUACUUUUUUGAAAUAAAGAAGAAAAAAAAACCACCAGUGACUUAUUUGAAAAAAAAAAUUAUUUAUCAAAGUAAAUAUUUGCAAAAAAAAAUAAAAAGUUCUCAAUGAAAAAAUGUAACUGGGAAAAAAAGAAACAAAUUUUUUUUUUUUUAAAAGAUGAAAGUAAUUAAAUAUUUUAUAUUGGGCUCAUCUUAUUCUCAAAUUUAAAUAUUUAUAUAUAACGAUACGAGCUAAAAGAGUCUUCAUUUUAACUCAUUACACUUUAAAAAAAAAAAAAAUCACUCCUUAAUCAGUGCAAAGAUUUUGCGUGCAAGCAAUACUAUAUAGGAGAUCGUACAAGCUUUAAUUAUCGAUUUUUUUUUAAAAACUGUUGCUAAUCUUAUAAUUAGUCUAAUUGAUUUUUGUUUAUUCUUUUUUUUUGUUGCUGUUGUUUUUGUUUUUCUUUUUUUUUUUUACCACUUUGGUGCCAAAUCAUCAGCUUUCAGACACGAAAAAUUUAUUCAUUUCAAAUAAUAAUGCACUAAAAUUGGU